AUGAAGGUCAAUAACACCUUGGCAAAGGCACUUUACGACAACAAAGCGGAGUGCUUGGAUGAGCUGGCCUUCCGCAAAGGAGACAUCCUGACGGUUCUUGACCAAAAUGUCAUCGGCAGUGAGGGCUGGUGGAAAUGCUCCCUUCAUGGCAGGCAGGGCCUGGCUCCUGCCAACCGCCUCCAGCUCCUGCCUGGCGCUCAGGCCCUCCCGCUGCCUCCUUCCACCCACAGCGAUGUCCCGGAGCCACCAGCAGGCCAACAGAACAUCUACCAGGUCCCCUCAGUCCCCAAGCCUCCUGUGGCAUCCUCUACAUACGAGAAGAUGGAGGGGUGGGUGAAACCACCAGCUAGGGCCUGCACUCUGCCUGCCCAAGGGAUAUACCAGGUACCGGCCUUGGCUGCGCAGCUGCUCAAUGAACGGACCCAAAGCUCAACGCGUCAGCACCUCUUUACUCUCCCAAGAGCGUCCCGGGCUUCAGUCCCGAACAUCAGAAGCGAGGUGUAUGAUGUUCCGUCCACGCAGCGCCGCGAGUCCCUGCUCACACGGAGCGCUGCCACUCCGCCCACAGCACGAAAGGGCUCUGUGCUGCUCAGAUCCACCGAGUGCUUCCAAGAAGAGCAGCAGCUUUACAACAUCCCAUCCGGCCCAGAAAAGACAGGAGCUGUUAGCCACAAAGACUCACCCGUGGGCAGUUUGUAUGAUGUCCCUCCCAAAAGAGAAACCAAUGCUUCAGGGAAGGGAUCUCAGAAAAAGAGCUGGGGCCACUACAAUACGUUGCCAAACCCUCGAAAGUCAGAAUGGAUUUAUGAUAUUCCAGUAUCACCUGAAAAAAUGGGAUUAGAACAGAGCCCUUCUGGCCCUUCCUUGGAGAACCAGGCGCUAUAUGAUAUACCCCCAGCCAGGUACAAGGCACUAACAACAAGCACUGAAGCCAAGGUUGUGAAUCCACAGUUAUACGAUAUUCCACCAACACAACGGAAAGUAGUGUUUCCAGAUGUCCCUCUUUAUGAUAUUCCACCCCCAAGGGACAUGCUCCUUUUGCCACAAAAUGGUAGCUGUGAGGCACCCUCAAGUCACCUGGAUCCAAAGGCUGAGAACCAGACUUCUGGAGAGAAUGUUUAUGAUAUUCCUAAAGGUUUGCCCAACACUUUGCAGUCCAAGAAAGAGAGGGAAAAACCCAACAGCAGUUCUGGAAACCAGGCAUACCAUGUUCCAGUCCAGAUCUCAAGAGACACCAAAUUAGAACACGACAGAUUAUCUGCUUCUAGUGCGGACAGCAGAAGCAGCACUGUCUCUACAUUCUCAAACCCUUCUGCUGAGUUUAUGUCGUCAUCAGAAGAGCCUGUCAAAGAAAUUAAGCUGGAUCUUGAUGUAGCCAUAGAGACACUGACGAGACUGCAGCAUGGUGUAUCCAGCUCAGUUGCUAGCUUAAUGAUUUUUGUGAGUAGUAAGUGGAGAUUACAGGAGCACCUGGAGAAAAACAUUGAAGAAAUUCAUAGGGCAGUUGAUCACAUAAAAGUAUCACUUGGAGAAUUUUUGGCCUUUGCUCGAGCCAUAAAGGUAAAUGCCUCCUACAUCACUGAUAAUAACCUUCAGACCAGAAUUAAAAAACAGCUGGAAAUUCUUUUCAACUCAUUCAAAAUCUUAACAGAAACAAGAGAAGCUCUAAACACCUGCAACUGGUCACUGGAGGCUUUGGUCCUCAGGAAACCUCAGAACAACCCAGAUGAUCUUGAUCGCUUUGUUAUGGUAGCUCGCACAAUUCCAGAUGAUAUCAAGAGAUUUGUAUCCAUCAUCAUUGCCAAUGGAAAACUUCUCUUCAGAAAGAGUGAGAAGGAGCAAGAAAUGAAGCAAUCAAACGUGAGCCCAGAAUAUAAAAUGGCAAAACAAAUCCCAGUGCCAAGAAGAAUAGAAAUAGAAUCGCUUCAAAGAAAUACUCAUGACAAGCCGAACCAUAGUCAAGUCUCCCAAGAGAAAACAAAAGAAAAUGCUAUUGAGGACUGUGAAUAUGUUCAACUACAGGCACAGAAAAUCAUUUCAGGUAAAGAAGUGUCAAAGAAGAGUACAGAUUCGAAACCAAAGGUUUUGCCGUCUUCAAAACAGAAUGUAAUUCAAAGCAAGCAAGAGCCUGCAAAGAAAAUAGCUCUUCCAGAACAUUGUAGGCUGUGUUUUGGUGCGCUUCACAAGGCAAUUGCUGUAUUUAAUAAUAGUCUGAGCAAUAACCAGCCACCUGAAGUCUUUAUAUCCCACAGCAAAUUGAUCAUCAUGGUGGGACAGAAGAUAGUGGAUUCUCUCUGCCAGGAAACUCAAGAAAGAGAUGCUCGGAAUGACAUUCUCCACAGCAGCAGCCGGUUUUGCAGCCUCUUGAAGAACCUGGCUCUUGCCACCAAAAAUGCUGCAAUACAAUAUCCAAAUGCAGAUGCAAUGAGGGAACUUCAGAAUCAAAAUGAUGAGCUGUAUAAAUAUACGCAGCAGUUUAGAGCAAUGAUGGAAUGA